GCGGCGCCCACGCAAGCCGUGGCCUGGGGUCCCUCACGUGACCCUAGCGUGCUCCCGCGGGGGGAGCGGAGUCUCCGAGGCGGCGCCGCAGGGGACAGAGGGAGAGACUGAGAGUUGUGAGCUGCAGCUUUCGCCGGAACACCAGCGCGGAGGUCGUGAUGUCUGGGCUCUCCCGCCAGCUGCUGUGGGCCGCCGCCUGCCUGGCCGCGCUCUGUGUGCUGACCGCGGCUCAGAACACCACCGUGACCCCGAACGUGACUUCAGCGCCCCCCAGCACUACAGCCCCGACGCCUUUGACGACCCUCCCGCCAGUCACCACUCCAGUACCAGACAUCUGUGAACACCGCAACAGCUGUGUUUCCUGCGUUAAUGAGAGCACUGAUACUGCUAAUACCUGCUUUUGGAUGGCAUGUAAAGAAGGUAAAAGCUACUGUUCACAUAAUUCAACAACAGCUAGUUGCCAGGUGGUGAACAGCACAGAUUUCUGUGUUGAGCCCACGAUUGCUCCUUUGCCAACCAAUUCUACAGCUAAAACCACAACUAAGCCUUCCUCUCCCACAACUGUUGUGCCAGGUACAACUAAUACCACUUUAACUCCAACUUCACAACCUAUACGGAAGUCUACCUUUGAUGCAGCCAGUUUCAUUGGAGGAAUUGUCCUUGUCUUGGGUGUACAGGCUGUAAUUUUCUUUCUCUAUAAAUUCUGCAAAUCAAAAGAACGAAACUACCACACUCUGUAAACAGACCCAUUAAAUUAACAAGGACUGGCGAAUAACUCACUGAAACCAAAAUACUAUCUUUCAAGAUAUCCCACAUGGAAGACGCUAUUUCAGGAUCUUUAAAUUUUCCAAGGAUGCAUAUAGGAUAUUUUGGAACAUCGUCCUUGAAGAAAAAUCAGUUAAAUCAUUUUGCUCAACAGGAAUAUUUAAAUUACUCUGCAUGAAUCCUGUGGCUGUCUUCUUUUUUUUUUAAAUGGCUGCUGCUGUGGGAUUAUGUUCUUUUUUCUUGACAUGCCAAAUGUAACUAUAAGUGAUGGAAAACAUUGUCCUGCGCAGAAAACCUCAUGACUCUUUUGGCAGUUUAAAUUUAGUUAUUUUAAAGCCUGAAAGCUGCAUUAUUUUCAUCCUAACUCAGGAUGUAGUUUAGUGACCAGAAUUGAGAAGAAUGUGCCAAAUGAGCAUCAGUCAGAUGGAUUUGGGGCUGUCAUUUCAAAAGUGGAAUAAAUUUUUAAAUUUAGUAUCCUAAGAGUAACUAUCCUUAGAGUAAAAUUUUGUGCUUGGUAACAGUUAUUUUUUCUACAUUAGAAAUAAGAUGCCACAUAGGGAAUUACAUUCCAGAUUUAAAGAAAGGAAAGAAUACAAACCAUUAAAGUAUAGCAGGUUAUUGUUAAUACUUGUAAAGCACCUUAUAUCAUUGAGAAAAUAAAGAACAGUGCCUUAAAAGACAGAGUGAAAGGUACACUGUAACUUAAAAUGUUUGUGAUUUGUCGUUUCUCAUUAAGGAAGGUAAAAGUUUGGUCUUAGGAUGUAACUGUUGACGUGAGCAGUAGUAAACUUGCUUUUAGAUAACACACUGUUAGUAUUUAAUUGAAAACCUAUUUUAUUUUAGACCUGAGUAACUUAAAGAAUGUUAUGCAAAGUUGAAAGCCUUCAGAUAUUGAGCCUCCCAACAAUUUUCUUAACGGCUGUUAAAAAAUAUAUAGAGAUAAAUUGAUUUAAUUAUGUUUUCCUUUUUACUUCAAAAAAGUAUCCUAACACUGUUGUACCUCAAAAGGAUUUCCACCAAGCUUUCUUGAAAAGUCACUUCUUUCAUGAAGCAAAAAGAAAAUUAUAAGUUGUUUUAGAAUCAUUUACUAACUCUUUAAGUGAGACAGUUAUUUUAAGUUUUGAGACUAAAUAUGACCAGUGUAAUUUCAGAAAAUUGAAGAAUUUUUGGUUGAUCAGAUUAUGGUAGAUGUUUAAUGAUGAUUGAUUACCCUGGAUAAACGGAUUGUGCUUUCUCUUUUAUUCCUCUCCCAUCCUUCCUUCUUAGUUUUAAUUCCCGCAGUAUAGUAAGCAUGCGUACUUUUAUUUCUUUAGUUUUCUUAGUUUUAGAAGGAUACUUCUUGCCUUUGACAUGCUGGGUUAGUUUCAGAGGCUUAAAUUAGUUUAAAAUGAGCUCUUUUCUAGAUCAAUAAAGUUUUUUUGUUUUGUUUUAGUUUCAUUAGCCUAUAGUGGCUGAGUUUAGCCCUUGGUUUUCAGUAUUUUUUAGUAGUAAUGACAGGUUGCUUCGGUCAAUUUCAUAAGCCAAAAUUCCUUGCAUUUAGAUAAUUAGAGGUUUUUAAAAUGAAGAUUUACUGUUUUUUUUUUGUUACUUGCUGGUACAGUUCAAGUUUGUUUUACUUGCACAUUUGUACAUACACCUAAUGUUUUCAAGUGCCUUAAUUGUUUAAAAUCUCUGGCUUCAAAGGUUUUUGGGAAAAGUAGGUUUACUUCACAUUUUUGUGUUUUCUUGAGUAGUAAUCUAGGUACCUCACAAGAAAUUUUUAUUAUGGUGCCAUGGCUGUUAGUUUUUAGUGAGUGCUAUAACGUACAAGAUUCAUUUGAAAGUAUGCAGAAUUUUCAUUCCUCCCAAAGUGGCAAAAAUUAGCUACAGUGGCAUAAUUGUCAUUUACCUAGAUACGAAUACCUUGUCACACGUUAAUGUCAACACACAGCAAUUUUUGUGAAAGAAAAUGUAGCUGAUGAAGUGUCUCAUUUUCUGUUAUGUUGAACACUGCUCUAACAACAAAAUCAUAUGAAACUAGUUAGAUUUUGCAAGAAGAGCUCUUACAACAGAACUCACAGCCUGACCUCCCUUUCAUUUAGCAAUUUAGUAUCUGGAGCCAUUAAUAAUUUUUGGGUUUUUUUAAUCCAGAAGGUAUAUUGAAACCUUUUCAGAUUUUUCAUCUGAUUUGUUCAUGCAGAUGUAGUUAUAUCAAAAUACCUUAUUUUACCUUAAGAUAUUUGUUGCACAGGCAGACACUGCUGUAUUUAGAAAUUUCUAUUUCAGUUCAUUAAAAACUGCAAAACCAAUCUGUAUCAUGUUAUCACUGAUUUAAAAUAAAUCUACAUGUUUAUUGAGUCA